AGCUGGUGGUGGUGACGGGCCGGCUCCCAGGAUUUAGGUCCUGUUCUCAGGUCAGGUUUGUUUGCCUUGCCCUGCCCUGCCUGCUUCCACACCUGCCCACUGCCCUGUCGUCUGAGCCUGCCUGCCUUGCACUCACCCUUGCCCCUCAUCCUUGCUUGGCCUGCUCCUCUCCGAUAUAAGUAUUUGUCUCUUCUUCUCUUUCUGCUUCUCUCUUACGUUCCACAAUCCAACAACUCUUUUUUUUCGCGUCGAAAUACCCCAGAGCAACGCUCGCUUAAUACCAUACAACCAACAAUAAUCACCAACAAAACCCAACAACCAUCAAAAUGAAGUUCUCCGCUGUCCUCGUUGCCCUCGCUCCUCUGGCUCUUGCCCAGAACUCCAUCCCCCAGUCGGCUUCCAGCGCGAUUGGCUCCCUCUCUAGCAGCAUCACCUCUGCUCUCGCUUCCCAGAGCGCCUCCCUCAGCUCCAAGGUCAACAGCAUCUCCACCAGCGCCGACUCUGCUGUUGCUUCCGUCACUAGCAAGGCUGGCGACUCCCUCUCCUCUCUCAACUCUCAGCUCGCCACCGCCACUGGCUCCGACAGGGCUUCCAUCACCUCUGCCAUUGGCUCCCUCACCAGCAGUGCCAACUCUGCUGUCAACUCCAUCACUAGCAAGGCCGGCUCUGCUGCCAGCUUUGCUACCAGCAACCCUGCCGCCCCCAUGAAGACCGGUGCCGUCGCCAUGGGUGCCCUCUUCGGUGGUGCUGCCGUCCUUGCCAACCUCUAAAUUCACUUAUAAAUCAGGAGUGAGUGUGGGGAUGGUUUAGAGUAUCAGCCACGGAACUUGGGUCGUGUUUUUACGAAUGUUGGACGAUCCUCUUUCGACAUUCACUAGUUUCGAGGUUGCUUGUACAACAAGAACACACGACAUAUUUGACAAGCGCCCUCCGCAAGGGAUUCUACUACACAUGCUUUUUGUUUCAAAAGAUUCCCUGCCCAGAAUGGGUGUUUGGACGCUUUGCUACGCUGAGCUAUGGUUCGAUGUCGAGAUGAUGGUAAUGGGAUUAUGGAUGGGAUUUUCCAUUUGUUGGCUUGGAGAAAGUAAAG